AUGCAUUCCAAGGCCACCCCCGCGCUCCAUACUGUGCGUGGCUUCAACGGAACUCCGACGGUUUCUGGCGACGAGGAUUCGGAUUACUGCCCUACUCCUCAGCCUGGCGACAAGAGCCGUGCCAGACGAGCCAAGAAGCCUCAUGCAAUCAACGAUGUUGUCAGUGCCAACUGCAGCCCGGUGAUCCGGCCGGCGGUCCCUCAGGGCGGCCUGAGCGGCAUCAGCAGGCUGCGGAUGCAGCUCCGCACACUGGACAUUUCGGCCAGUAAUGGGGGAAACUCGACGGCUGCCUCCUCGCGCACGACCUCUCUGACCUACAGUGAGAGUCUCCGCUCCCCUGAUGCUAGCGAUGUUACGGCGGCCAGCAGUGGCCGAGACAGUGGCUACAAGAGCCAAACCGAAAGCGGCAACAGCGAAGACGAGACUGCGUCGCAGGACAGCAGCCGCUACGAAAUUGAGCUGGAGAACGACUUUGAGAGCGAGGCCAAUAGCCGCACAGUUGAGAACGCUGCUCCUCCCCGCCGUAAGAUGACCGCGGACGACUUUGAGCAUCUUCGGUGCCUUGGAAAAGGAACCUACGGGACCGUUCUGUUGGUCAAGCACCGCGCGACUGGGCGGUUGUAUGCCCAAAAGCAGUUCAAGAAGGCCUCACUCGUCGUGCACAAGAAACUGGUCGAGCAAACCAAGACCGAACGCCAGAUCCUCGAGAGCGUCAAUCGGCACCCUUUCGUCGUCAAACUGUACUACGCGUUCCAGGACCAAGAGAAGCUGUACCUAAUUCUUGAGUACGGCCAGGGCGGCGAGCUUUUCACCCAUCUGAGUACGGAGCGGAUGUUCUCCGAGGAAACGGCCGCGUUCUACAUGGCCGAAAUGGUCCUCGCGCUGACCCACCUGCACGCGAACUUGGGGGUGGUAUACCGGGACCUCAAGCCCGAGAAUUGCCUCCUCGACGCCGAGGGCCACCUGCUCCUGACGGAUUUCGGACUUUCCAAAGUUGCGGUCGAUUCCGAUGCGUGUAACUCGAUGCUAGGCACCGUCGAGUACAUGGCGCCCGAGGUGAUCCAGGGCAAAAAGUACGGCAAGGCAGUCGACUGGUGGUCGCUCGGGGCGCUGGGGUUCGACCUUAUGACGGGACACCCCCCCUUCCGCGGCCCGAAUCAUGCCAAGAUCCAGGACAAUAUUGUGCGCCAGAAGUUGGCCCUGCCCUUCUUCCUCAGCGCCGACGCGAAGGACCUGCUCACACGCCUGCUCCGCAAGGACCCGGCCAAGCGCCUCGGAUCCAACAUGCCCAAGGAUCUGGCCACCAUCAAGAAGCAUCGUUUCUUCCGCAAGAUCGACUGGACUCGGCUCGCCACGCGCGAGCUGGAGCCGCCCAUCCAGCCGCUCAUCACGGACCCGGAGCUGGCCGAGAACUUCUCAUCCGAGUUCACCGAGCUCUGCCUCAGCCCGGUCGUGACCCGUUUCGCGGAGGCGGCUGGUGGUGGCAUCGGCAUCAGCAGCGGUAGCGGCAGGGAUGAGCUCGCUCAGGACGACCCGUUCGGCGGCUUCAGCUUUGUCGCGCCGAGCAGCCUGUUGGAAAGCCAUGGGUUCAGACUUCCAGCUUAG